CGUGCCGUCGCCGAGGAGCCCUCAAGUCCCAGUCCCCGCGCGUCAGAAUGCGGGGCCGCUGGGUGGCGGUGCUGGAGGCGGGCCCGGCCCGGCCUGAGAGAGAGAAAGAGGCGGGAAUGUGACUCUCACCAGUUCAACAUGUCGUCCGGGAGGCCGAGCCUGCUAGGAUGAACUCACGACUGCGACACUGGCGAGAGGCCGCCACGAUUCUGCUGGCGGCCGGCGGGACAGGCGCCUCUUGUCCGCGGCCGGCCGGAGCCUUCGACUAUGAGCUGCUGCUGCUGAGGCGGAGCCCACGCAGCGCUUUUCUGCCCAGCGCUCACGUCUUUCCCGGCGGCGUAGUGGACGCGGCCGACUUCUCGGCCGACUGGUUGAGUCUGCUGCCAGACCCGCCGCGCUGCGGGCUGAGCUCCGUGCGGGCGAACGGGCCGCGGGCGCCGCUUUUCGCCUCCGAGCGCCCUGAGUUGAGCUCGCCGCUGCCGGGCGACGUAGCCUUCCGCAUCUGCGCCAUCCGGGAGGCCUUCGAGGAAGCCGGCGUCCUUUUGUUGGUGCCCGGCGACUCUGCCUCUGACCCCACCGCGGGACCGGCUCGCUUGCUGCCCGCCGAGCGCCUGCCGCCGGUCUCGGAGCUGACCGAGUGGCGGCACCGUGUGCAACGGCAGCCCGACAGCUUCUUGCAGCUCUGCAGCCACCUGCGCUGCGUGCCCAACAUUUGGUCGCUGCACGAGUGGAGCAAUUGGCUGACCCCGGUGGGCCGAGCUGGGCGAGGGGGCCGGCGCUAUGAUACAGCCUUCUACCUCUGCUGCCUCGGCCAGGGUCCGCCGCCGGCCUCGCACGACGAAGGCGAGGUGACAGCGUGCCAGUGGUCAACCCCCUCAGAAGCUGUUGAACUCUUUAAGUCCCAAGACAUCUGGAUAGCACCACCUCAGUUUUAUGAAUUGUGCAGACUCUGCAAUUUCCCAUCACUUCAUGAUCUGCAUAGGUUUGGCUCUGAACGAGCCUUAGAAGGAUGUGAUCGAUGGAUGCCUGUUGUGAUUGUUGCCUCAGAUGGCCACAUGCAGCUUUUACCAGGUGAUGAGCUAUAUCCAGAAGAUCCUGAUUUUACAGGAGAAAGAAAACCUAUGUUGACGACAGAUAAAAAGAUUGAAGAUCUAAUGAAAGGGGCCAGUAGACUUCACCGGAUAGUGACACAAGACCUUACUAAUGUUACUCUCCAUGUGAAUAUCCAACCAAAAUAUAAACACAUCAGUCCACUACCAAUGUACUCUAAAGUGGGAAAUAAUGCAGAUUGCAAUAGUAGGUUAUAAUAUAUUUGAGACAUUGGCAUUUCUAAAAAAGUUGAUAUAUUUUUAUAUAUACUAACCCAUAUGACAGUUACUGCAUAAGCUUCCUUAGGAGGUUCAAACCUUGCUAUUCAACACAUAUUUCAAAAGUAUCAAGGACUAAUAUGUUUGUGUGCCAAUUUAUCUAUAUACCUCAAGCCUAAUGUAAAUGCUUUAUGUUUCAGUCUGUGUACUUCUGUAAUUAUUUAACUUGCUAAACUUUUGUGCCAGUUCUGGGGUAGAUAUCUGUCUGCUAAGAACUUGACCUUAAUCUAUAUGUUUAUGGGUUUAAGGCCCUGAAGAGACAUAUUUGGCCAUGGCCAGGCUAGGCCAUUUGUCAAUAUUGGGAUGAGCUUUAUGAAUGUAGUUCAGUUUCUUGUACUAUUCUGCUUUUCUCAUGAAACUAUAGAGACCCUAAGUGUGUUUACACAGAAGUGAAGCUCACUGUAAUUAGUUGGAUUUACUUCAAAAGCACUGCUUGAGAUUGCAGUCUGGCAGUACACAAGUUCUGUAAGUUCAAUUGAUAAUUAUUAUUUUUAUAAUAUUCAGAAGCUGUGCUUUUGGAAGGCACUUUCCUAGACACACUAAUUUGCUAGUGCUGUCUUACUGUAAUUGAAUAAAUUCUAUUGUGCGGUUGGG